CGUCCAUCAGCAGUCAUCUGUCACUGUUUUGCAAAAAUCGUCUCAAAACAGUAGACGAAGGACUUCAAAACAUUUUUCUUCGAGUGGAGUACAUUUUUCUUACAUUUGGAAACUGCUUCCUGGUGUGGAACAAAGUCUCUAGUAUGGCAAACACUCUUAUGCGGUUGAAUUCGCUUCCGCGACAACAAAUAGCGGCACUGGUUCCCGCACUGAAGAUUACUGGUUCUUCAACUGUUACAAGCAAUCAUAACCGUUCGCAAUCAACUCAAGCGUCUGCUCCGCCACCCCAAACAAAAACUAAAUUUGGUCCGUUGGCUGAUGACGAUCGUAUUUUUACCAAUUUGUAUGGUAGACAUGACUGGCGUCUUAAAGGAGCUCUCAAGCGCGGUGAUUGGUACAAAACAAAAGAAAUUAUCGACAAAGGAACAGAUUGGAUUAUCAAUGAAAUAAAAACUUCCGGUCUACGAGGCCGAGGCGGUGCUGGCUUUCCAACCGGAAUGAAAUGGUCUUUCAUGAACAAGCCUUCGGAUGGUCGUCCCAAAUAUUUAGUUGUAAACGCGGAUGAGGGUGAACCAGGAACUUGUAAGGAUCGUGAAAUCAUGCGUCACGAUCCUCAUAAACUAAUCGAAGGUUGUUUGAUUGCUGGUCGUGCUAUGGGUGCUCGUGCUGCGUAUAUCUAUAUAAGAGGAGAGUUCUAUAAUGAGGCUUCAAACAUGCAGCUUGCGAUUGCUGAAGCAUACCAGGCAGGUCUGAUUGGAAAGAAUGCUUGUAAUUCAGGAUAUGAUUUCGAUGUAUUCAUGCACCGUGGUGCAGGAGCUUAUAUUUGUGGCGAAGAGACUGCUCUAAUUGAAUCAUUGGAAGGAAAACAAGGAAAACCUCGUCUAAAGCCUCCAUUUCCGGCUGAUGUUGGUGUUUUCGGAUGCCCAACCACGGUUUCUAAUGUAGAGACAGUGGCAGUUGCCCCAACAAUUUGUCGGCGUGGUGGAGCUUGGUUUGCUAGUUUCGGUCGAACCCGUAAUUCGGGUACCAAACUUUUCAAUAUAUCCGGUCAUGUUAACACCCCUUGUACCGUUGAAGAAGAAAUGUCUAUCCCACUGAAGGAGCUUAUUGAACGUCAUGCUGGAGGAGUCAUUGGAGGAUGGGAUAAUCUGCUAGGCGUUAUUCCUGGGGGGUCUUCCACCCCAAUAAUUCCCAAGAAUGUUUGUGAUGAUGUCCUUAUGGAUUUCGAUGGACUCGUUCAGGCGCAGACAUCCCUCGGAACGGCUGCGGUCAUCGUGAUGGAUAAAUCUACCGAUGUUAUUAAGGCCAUUUCACGGCUGAUAGAUUUCUAUAAGCACGAAAGUUGUGGUCAGUGUACUCCAUGUCGCGAGGGCAUCGCUUGGAUGUACAAAGUAAUGCACCGUUUCGUUAGUGGAAAUGCGCGUCCAGAUGAAAUCGAUAUGCUUUGGGAAAUUUCCAAACAGAUCGAAGGACACACCAUUUGUGCUCUUGGUGAUGGUGCAGCUUGGCCUGUGCAAGGGCUUAUUCGUCACUUCCGACCAGAAAUUGAGUCACGAAUGAAGUUAUACGCCCAGAAAGCUGCGGCUGGAAAAAAUUAAAUAAUUUCUAUUUCUGACCAUUGUUCAGAUACUGCGGUUGUUGAAUAAAUUUCGCCGUGAUUUACUGUAAACCACUAGAUCAUGUAAUAAACAGUUUAUGAAGCUUGCUAAUUACUAA